CAAAUGGAUUAUAAGUUUGAUUAGAGAUAGAAAUAGUUCAGGAUUUCUAAUGCUGGUUAGAAAGCCCAAACAUUAGUACCCAGAUAAAUAAGAGAGGAUAGUUUAAAACCAUAGCAAUAACAAUAAAUGCAAAAAAUAGUUGUUAAUAAUGAUGAUAAACUAAAAAGGGUUAUUUUAAAUUAUUAUUUUUCAAUAGGAAAAUGAAUAACUCAAAUCUGAACUUUUGGCAUUUAAAGAAUAAUAUAAAGUUUUAUAAGAGGAAUAUAAAAAAUUACAAUCUAAAUAUCUCAAUCUUUAAUCGUAAGUGAGGGGACCAACUUAAGAGAUGCUGAUGGUUCAUGAAUUACAAAGAUAACUUAGAUAAUAAUAAUACUAUGAGUUUAUACAGGAAGCAAUGAUGCCUCAAUAAUAAUUCUAAACAGAUGGGAUGACAUAUGAAGAAUUAUUAGAAUUAUAAGAGAAAAUUGGGCAUGUUUCUAAAGGGCUAUCAAAAGAGGAAAUAAAAAGAAUUCCAAAGAGAAAAGUAAUUCAUAAAUAAAAAGACCCGUAAUACUUAAUUAAAUCUUUAGAUGCACUAUAUGCUACAAUGAUAUUGAAAAAAAUGAAAAAGUUCGAGAAUUAAAGUGUAGACAUCAAUAUCAUUCUAAGUGUAUAAAAAAAUGGCUUCUCAGUUAAAAGAAAUGUCCAAUCUGCUAAUUAGAAGUAUGA